AUGAAUGAAAAAUUUGAGUAAAAUCUAUAGGAGAUACUUUAGAAGGAUUGUCUAACUCUAAACAAAAAUCUACUGCUCAAAGGAUAAAUUGAGUUAUUGAAAUUGCAGAUCAGAGAUCAAAGAUUAAUUAAACAAUAGCAAGAUUAAGAAAUAAAAGAAAUAGAAAAGAAAUAAGUUAUGCAAAAUAUAAAAGAAGAAUAAUAGAAGUAGAUUGAGGAGAAAGAGACCUAAUUGAUCAAAUAAAAAAAGGAGCUGCAUCUAAGAUAAGAUGCAUGUGAAGACUUAUAAUUUGAAAUUGAAUAAUAAUAUUAACAUCUUAAAAUACAAUAGGAAAAUCAAAGAAUUUUAGAUGAAUCAAUCAAAAGACUCAUGGAUUGUAUAUAAAAAUCCAAAAAAUCACCACUCAAAAAUCAGCAAUUUCAUAAUAGAGUAGCUACUUCUCAUUCAUUCGAUGAUAGGCCCAAUUCUUUUGGAAUAAUGGGAAUGCUAAAGUCUAAAAAUAAUGUCGAUGAUUAUAUAUAGAAAGUGGAAAAAAUUAAUACUUCCAGACUAUAUGAUCAUUGA